GAACUUCACUGGAGUCCUAGGAUCGGUAUCUGGUUCCUUAGACUGACCUGAAACAUACGUAGUCGACCAUACUGAAUCUCGUGGCAAUGUUUGUUUUUAGGAAGAUUCCAAAACUCUGGUGAAAACUGAGUUUUACAGAAGCUGAAGUUCUACGUUCUUUUCUUCUAAUAUUAAAUUAUUAUUAUUAUUAUUCCUAAAAACAAACAUUGCCACGAGAUUCAGCAUUGGCGAUUAUGUAUGUUCCGUGCGUUCACAAGGUCGGUCUAAGGAACCGGAUACCGAUCCUGGGACUCCAGUGAAGUUCAAUACCACGACCGAAUCGCUGAAAAUUGAGGUCUCUCUUCCCUCCCAUUUUGAAGAGGACACUUUAGAUUACCUACCAAUGAAAAAACAACAACAUAUAUUUUUAUUAUAACUUUUUUAGUAAUAACAUGGUUUUCUAAAGAUCCUCUGCAAUACCCUCUUUGAAAGAAGACGUUCAAAAUGGCUUUCGUGAUGAAAAGAUGCGGUCAAGUCUUGGCUUCCAGUUGGUGAAGACCGCAAGUCUGUACCGCUUUUCUGUCAAACUUUAUUAAAAAUGCACCCGAGUUCAUUCGUUUUUUUUAUCCACAAUAGGUUCAGAAAACGCUUCCAGUUUCAGGUAAAAGUUUUUCAAAAAUUUGUUUUGACGUUUUUUGUGAUAUUGUAAUUUCUUCGAUACAAGCUUAAAACUUCGGCGUAAAUCAGGAAAAGGUUGAAUAUCGUUUAUCUUAGCAGUGAUAGUCGAGCGUUUCUUUUUAUAUAUUGCAGUGCCAUAACACUAUAAUAUGUAGAAGAUGGAUGUUUUUAUUCGAAAACGUUUUUCUUUACUUUUUAUGAUAAUAAAAUCGUGAAUGUUCGUUCAUUGCUCUUUUUGUAAAUAAUCAAGGAAGACGGUGACAAUAGCCAUUUUGAUGUUCAAUAUACGUGAUUAAUCGGUAUUGGGGUGUCAGUGAGUGAUGAAUGAGUGUUUUACCGAGCCGGGUGUCUAAAGUCUGGGUGUUAAAAUGUGUUUCUCAGUGAUACUUAUUAUGUUUCGUUAUAGUUGUUAUCCGUGCUCAUCCCACUACCCACGACGCGAUUAUUCUCGUUGUUCACACUGCUUUUGACAAAUACAAACUUCACGAACGUCACGAAAUCAAGCCACUUCAAAUUCAAGGUCAAAUCGACGAAAUACUCUAUGAAAUGAAAAUUGAAACGUUACCAUGGAAAUCAACGGAUGAUUUGUUAAGAGAAUUCGUUCGUAAUCCGGAACUCAUUAAUGGUUUUCAAACACCGGAACCAGUACAUGUUAGUAUAAGAGAACACCUGAAGAUCGAUGAAUGUCACUCGGUUCACUUUGAUGAAUCACAAGUAGCUAGCACGGGAGAACAUCGUCUGUGGUUUAAAAACGACGAAUUCGUACCGGGAAGCGUGAUGGCGUUGAAAGUCAGCUUGCUGCCGAGGAUUAAACAAGUAAUUGAACAAGUGAAGAAAUAUUUAAGACAAUUACAACCGCAUCAAGUCGAUUCUGAUUCCAGUUCUACCGAAACGAAUUUCAAUUCAAUUGUCAGACAUCUGUCGUUGGUGGACUUGAAUCGUAUUUUGUAUCGUUGUUCACCCGAAGAACAGUCGGAUGGUUGUGGCUAUGAUGUGUAUGAAAUUCCGGCACCGCCACCGGGCGUACAGCAACACAGACAAGAAGCACCGAAGAAAUACUACGGGAAACGACUAGUUUACUCUGGUCUACAAGGUAUCAUGUCGGAGUUGGAAAAUAUUCGUCAAACACAAGAUUACGUUAAAAGUGCAUUGCCUGUUCAUUUGAGAAAUGGAGAUUGGCUACUAGAUUAUAUUUCGAAUAGAUUAAUGUCACAACCAUCGACUCAACAGGUAUGUUUAUUAUACGAAGAGAAACACUGUAUCUAAGUCGGAUUUAUUUAUCAUACGGCGUGUCCACGUAACUCGAGACUUCGCUGAUCAAGUUUUUGAAAAAAUUAUUUUAGAGUAGAACUGAUAGGAGCAUAUCACUAGAUGCAGUUUUCGACGCUGAUUACGAAUCUUACAUUAGUUUUUGAAAAACGUUAAAUUUUGGUACUAAAAACCCAGUUUUACAUUUUUUAAAAACUGUAUUUUCAAUUUCCUCACCUA